CGUUUCAGCUGGUCACACUUCCUUAAAUCUCGGUGUGUGAAAAAUUACGAAAGAAUUUUUGGUGUUCACUUUUAAGACCGACCGAAAUUUUCGCAAAACGAACAAUGGCAUCGAUCUGUGGACGCAUGGCGCUUCGUGCCGCCGCACGCCAGAAUGUUGCAUACACGCCCGUGCGCUUCUGCAAAAUGAUGAACGAUCCAUUGGAGCACGCCACCGGUAUCGAGAAGCGCGAGCUGCUGCUGAAGGCCGCCGGCAACGAUAAUCCCUUCGACAUGAAGGUCUUCAAGAGGGGUGCCGGCACCAAGGAGAACCCCAACCUGAUUCCAUCAGCCUUCGAUGCCCGUAUUGUGGGCUGCAUCUGCGAAGAGGAUCAGACCUACGUGCAAUGGAUGUGGCUGCAGAAGGGCAACCAGAAGCGUUGUGAGUGCGGCCACUGGUUCAAGCUGGUGGAGAAGGCAGCUGUUUAAAGUUAUUAUUAAUUAAUUCAAUAAACCAAUUAAUAACAAAAACAACAACAACCACUACUAAGCUAAAAGUCAACCAAUUUAGCUGUCCAAAUAAACAAACAUCAACCCAAAAAACAAAGAAAACGGGCGGCCGUAUCUUCCAUUUUUAGUUAUGUCCUUAUUUUCCACCGCAACAACUGCGGCGUGCUGGAUGCUUAAUUAUACACGAUACGUUUAAAAUAAAGGCAACAAAGUGAUUUCGAACUAA